AUGGAGUGGGCAAAUGGCCAAGGAGCUGACAACCUUAGGCCACAACAGCCACAGCGCCAAGCUAGAGCUAUUGGCACCCAUGAUGAGCCUAAUAUCCAUGGGCAUAGAGCUGACAUCAGAGCACCAGCUGUGGAAAACAACAACUUUGAGAUCAAGUCAAGGCUGAUAAACAUGAUCCAGAGCAACAAGUACCAUGGUCUUGCCUUGGAGGAUCCACUAGACCACUUGGAUAACUUUGAUAAGCUGUGUGGAGCUACAAAGAUCAAUGGUGUCUCUGAAGAUGCAUUCAAGAUAAGAAGUCAGCUUGAUACUGCUAGCAAUGGUUACUUCUUGGGAAGAAGUGAAGCAGAUGCUUUGGAGCUUGUAGAGAACAUGGCUAAGAGUGAUUCAGUCUACAGUGAUGAGCAUGAUAGAAGCAACAGAGGCAGUGGAGGUGAUGAUACAAACACCAAGAGAGAGUUAAAAUCUCUACAAGAAAAGAUGGAUAUGCUUCUCUUGGAUAAAGCUAAACAAGAGAAGGUGAACUUUGUUGGUGAGAAGAAAAAAGAAUGGACUGCUGUGCUUAAUGAAGUUGAUGGUCUAGAAGCUUUGGAGAACCAGUUUGCUUCAAUGAGUAGUAACUCCAAACGUCCUAUGGGAUCACUUCCCGGAACUUCUGAGCAAAACCCCAAGGAGACAAUGAAAUCCAUCACCCUAAGGAGUGGUAAACAAUUGCCUCCUAGAACUCUCAUUAGGGAUAAUGAGAAGCAAGAUGGGGAGGUGGUCAUCAAUGUGGAUGAUGAUGUGGUUAUUGUGGAUGAGAAAACCAAUGAAGAGAUCUUGGAGAAGAUAGUUGAAGCUAAAAGGAAAAAAAAGUUUGGAGAAGAGAAGAAGGUUGUGAACAAAAAUGAAGCUGCCACUUCAUCAAAAGGAGCUCCAUUCAUUCCUCCUCCAUAUGAAGCAAAACUUUCCUUCCAUGGUAGAUUCAAGAGACAGCUUUUGGAGCAAUACAAAGCCUUGUUUGAGAAGCAAAUGAGUGAAGUUCAGAUCACCAUGCCCAUUAUUGAUGCCUUCAUGCUAGUGCCUCAAUACAACAAGUUCCUCAAGGAUGCUGUAACCAAGAAGAAGAAAGAGAUGGAAGGGAUGGUAGUUCUCACCCAUGAAUGCAGUGCUAUUAUACAGCGGUUAACCAUCCCCAAGAAGCUUGAAGAUCCAGGAAGCUUCACUCUACCUUGUGCCAUUGGGCAAUUGGCUUUUGAGAAGUGUCUAUGUGAUUUGGGAGCAAGUGUGAGCCUUAUGCCUCUUUCCAUUGCAAAAAGGCUUGGGUUUACACAAUACAAGAAGUGUAGGCUCUCUCUUGUGCUAGUUGAUCGCUCAGUGAAGAUUCCCAUUGGUAUCCUAGAAGAUCUCCCUGUUAUGGUUGGAAAUUGUGAGAUUCCUACAGAUUUUGUGGUAUUGAAGAUGGAUGAAGAACCAACAGAUCCUUUGAUAUUAGGGAGACCUUUCUUGGCUACAGCAGGAGCUGUUGUGAAUGUUAAGGAAGGGAAGAUUGAUCUUCAUCUUGGCAAAGGGAACACUUUGCAUUUUGACAUCAAAGAGGUGAUGAAGAAUCCCACUACCUAA